GGCUGAAUUAUGGCACAUGUGCACCCCUGUUGAAGGACUUGGCAAUGAAGUUUUUGAGUUUGACAUGUAGCUCCUCAGCUUGUGAGAGAAAUUGGUCAGCAUUUGAACAAGUUCAUACAAAGAAACGCAGCAGGCUACUCCAUGAUAGGAUGAGUGAUCUUGUAUUUAUCAAGUUCAACUCUAGGAUGAAGCAUAAGAGAGAGAACAAGAGUAGAGACCCAAUAGAGAAGACAAUCGUUGAUGUUCUUGAGGACGAGGAUAACGAGUUCAUCACCGGCAUUGUUGGAAAUGAUAAUGUUGUUGAACAUGUUGGUGAUGAAGAUCAAACUCAACAAGAGAGAGCUUCAACAUCACAAGAACAAGGGAAAAAGAAGAAGAGGCCUACUGCGCCCCCUAGAAAGAAGAGGAAGAAGAGCUUGCAAUCUCUCCUUAAUAGUGUCGAUGAGGAAGCUAUACUUUCUGCCUCUUCCAAUUCUUCUUCGUCGGAAUCAGAAGAUGAGUCUCCCUCGGCCCUUGCUGACUCGGAUUAAUUGCAUGGUUGGGUGUACCACUUUUGUUGUUUCAAAGUGUGCUGGCGGUAUGUCGUUAUGUUGCU